UCUGUAAACUCGUAGACGACGACUAUGCAGUGUUUCGUUUGGAAAUAACUCAAAGCCAGAAAGAAAACAGGACAUUGCGGAGGAAGCUACAGGAACUGAAGGUGUCACGGGAGCGCGCAGAGAGGACAAUGCGAGAGCGAGUCCUCGCCAGUCCCAGUAGUGUCAAGAUCCUCGACCGAUACAGAGGAAUGGCAAGAGGUGAAGGACAUAUCACUGGAGGCAACAGGAGCUUUGUGAAGCCAGCGGGACACAAUACAUGGAGAGAUGACCAACCAAUCACUGUUGAUGAGGGGAAUGGAACCUCAACCCAGCACGUUAUUGUGAUGGAGUCUGCAGAUACAGAGGCUGCAGGUCCUGGGGUGAAGCCUGAAAGAAAGGAGGACCUACAGCAUAGCAUAAACAUCCAGACUGGAACGGCUGGAGCGCCCCCUAUAGCAACGGAGGACUCCACCACCGCACCAGCGCAGCCCAGAGCCGGCUCAGAGUAUUUACCGGUAUUUCACCAGAUCCAGAGGACGGUUCAUUCCCGUGGAGAUGGUGACGCACCAGUCACUGGCGUUGAUGAUCCAUCAUGUUCUUACAGUACAGAGAUGGACCCUGGACACUCACAGGGCAGAGAUUUCUUAGAUUACAGGGAAAGCUUAGAGACAAAUCCAAAUGUUGCGACCCACUCCCCUGUACACAUUCUCAGGGAUUGCGACCCAGUGUCCACGUCGAUGGGGCCUUCUGAUUCACACGCCCACGUCCUUUUCAAUCAGGUAUUGAACGCAAACGACAUGGCUAGAGCCCAGGCUCAGGGAGGGGGAGCCACAUCAGGCAAUAGUAAAGAGAAACGGUUUCUCUGCAUGUUCUGCAACAAAGGCUUCAGCUGCCCCCAGAAGGUGGAGAUCCACCAGAGGGUCCACACAGGGGAGAAACCUUUCAGCUGUACCCAAUGUCACAUGUGCUUCGCUGAGGCUGGCAGCCUGAAGAGGCACCAGAGGGUGCACACAGGGGAGAAACCCUACAGCUGCCCCCAGUGUGAGAAGAGGUUCUCCCACCAGCACCAUCUGAAGAGGCACUUGAAGGUCCACACGGAAUAGAAGCCGUUCGCCUGUAAGCACUGUCGGAAGAGGUUCUCAUAGAGGAGCUUCCUCAGGAUUCCACUCUAUAACAUAGAAAGUUACCAUUCCAUUCAUGUAAACACUUCUGAUGUUUAGAUCAAAUCCUUCCCUAAAGAUAGACUGAGCGAGAUGACGUAGAUCAAUUUCCACAACAUCAAAGAUCGUUGAAGGCCAAGACAUUUUGGGAUAUAUGCGCCUAAAAAGUCUUAACAUAAUUUAGCCCAGUACAGACACUAUGUUCACAAAUGCCUAUUUCAUUACUUCCAUUCAACUACUUUUUCUUCUUCAAUAAUCACUUUUAUUAUUAUUUUUAUUAUUUUUUACCACUUUUUCUCCCCAAUUUUGUGGUAUCCAAUUACAGUCUUGUCCCAUUGUUGCAACUCCCGUACGGACAUGGGAGAGUCGAAGGUCGAAAGCCCUCUGAAACACAACCCAGCCGAGCCGCUUCUUGACACAAUGCCGCUUAACCCGGAAGCCAGCCACACCAAUGUGUCG